AUGGAGGAAAUCGACCCACCGAUUCCUCCAGAGGAGGUCACCCCAUCAGUUUCAGUGCAGUCUCAACCACCUAUUACUCAUGCACCGCCGCUGCCAACUCCAACAAGGAUGCCAUCAGGAUAUUCGAGUGCACCCUCGGUUUAUCUCCCGCCAUCAGAUGUGUCUACGACAUCUUCAGGGGUGGCACCUCCACUACACGUCCCGCCACCAAUGUACAUGCCACCAACUCCGGCACCUCCAUACUCACCAUCUUCCAACGACGUUGCGCGCAUCACAGUGCUCGAAGGCACGGUCAAUCAAAUGGCCGUCGACGUGGCCGAGCUUAUGGCCCUGCUCAAGGAAAGCAACGUUGGGGCCAUCUCUGUGCCGACGCACUUCCCGGCGAUUGUUCCACCAUUAACACACGUGCCGGCGGUCUAUCCGGUUCUUUCUCCUCUCCUGUCAACCCUUCCAGCGACCUUACCUCCUCCGCCAAUGACGGUACCGAUAAUGGAUCUAGCUAUACUCAUGCCUCCCCCGACGUCAUUGCCGGCUCCGGGCCUCAUCUACACUGCCUCUCUGCCGACGAUUCUCUCGACAACAAGCACACAUGCUCCUGCUCCCAUCACUAAGCCAUUCCCCUUCCCAACUCCACAACCCCACAUAAGCCUCCCUCGCCAAACUCCAUUGAUCCUAAAUAUUCCUUACUAUAACUCGGGCACGCAAGCUAUGGCCGCCCCUGAAACUCCACCGACAUUUACUCUCCCUACUGUGGAGACAGAGCAUGAGCGCCGGAUGAAAAGAACGGAAGAGAUGAUUGUACGGACCCGAAUGUGA